CAGCGUUCCGAGCAGGAGCUAAGUCUCCUUUACUCCUCCGGUGGGCACAACUCCAGUAGCAACUUAAGUCUGUGGGACACCUCGCUGAGUUAAAAUCUGUAACCAGGGAAGCGCCAUUUCCGCUGACAUCAUUACGGCGACACGUGGAUCCAAGAUGGCGACGGCGAUGCAGGAUUGGUUGUCAUGGUCCCUGCUGCUUCUUUCUCUCAUAUGCGAAACAAGAGCGUUCUAUGUCCCUGGGGUUGCACCAAUCAACUUCCACCAGAACGACCCUGUAGAAAUCAAGGCUGUGAAGCUCACCAGCUCUCGAACGCAGCUACCUUACGAAUACUACUCACUGCCCUUCUGCCAGCCCAGGAAAAUAACCUACAAGGCAGAGAAUCUGGGAGAGGUGCUGAGAGGGGACCGGAUUGUCAACACCCCUUUCCAGGUUCUCAUGAAUAGCGAGAAGAAGUGUGAAGUUCUAUGCGGCCAGUCCAAUAAGCCCAUGACCCUGACGGUGGAACAGAGUCGGCUCGUGGCCGAGCGGAUCACGGAGGACUACUAUGUCCACCUCAUUGCCGACAACCUGCCUGUGGCCACCCGGCUGGAGCUCUAUGCCAACCGAGACAGCGACGACAAGAAGAAGGAAAAAGAUGUGCAGUUUGAACAUGGCUACCGGCUUGGCUUCACAGAUGUCAACAAGAUCUACUUGCACAAUCACCUCUCGUUCAUCCUUUACUACCACCGGGAGGAUGUGGAAGAGGACCAAGAGCACACAUACCGUGUCGUCCGCUUCGAGGUGAUUCCCCAGAGCAUCAGGCUGGAGGACCUCAAAACAGAUGAGAAGAGUUCAUGCACCCUGCCCGAGGGAACCAACUCCUCACCCCAAGAAAUUGACCCCACCAAAGAGAAUCAGCUCUUCUUUACCUACUCUGUACACUGGGAGGAAAGUGACAUCAAAUGGGCCUCCCGGUGGGAUACUUACCUGACCAUGAGUGACGUGCAGAUCCACUGGUUUUCCAUCAUUAACUCCGUUGUGGUGGUCUUCUUCCUGUCGGGCAUCCUGAGCAUGAUCAUCAUCCGGACCCUCCGGAAGGACAUCGCCAACUACAACAAGGAGGAUGACAUUGAAGACACCAUGGAAGAGUCAGGGUGGAAGCUGGUGCACGGCGACGUCUUCAGGCCGCCCCAGUACCCCAUGAUCCUCAGCUCCCUGCUGGGCUCAGGCAUUCAGCUCUUCUGUAUGAUACUCAUUGUCAUCUGCAGCUCUGGAGUCAGUCUACUAGAUUUCUAUCUCAGCCUCAUGCCUCCAAGCUUUGUGACCUCAGGCGAGCCACUUAACCUCUGUGAGCCCCAGUUUCCUCAUCUGAAAAAUGGGGAAGGUAGCCUCUACCUCGCAGGGCUGAUAGUUGUGGCCAUGCUUGGCAUGCUGUCACCCUCCAGCCGGGGAGCACUCAUGACCACGGCCUGCUUCCUCUUCAUGUUCAUGGGGGUGUUUGGUGGAUUUUCUGCUGGUCGUCUCUACCGCACUCUAAAAGGCCACCGGUGGAAGAAAGGAGCCUUCUGUACAGCAACACUGUACCCUGGGGUGGUGUUUGGCAUCUGCUUCGUGUUAAAUUGCUUCAUCUGGGGAAAGCACUCAUCAGGAGCGGUGCCCUUUCCCACCAUGGUGGCUCUGCUGUGCAUGUGGUUUGGGAUCUCCCUGCCCCUAGUCUACUUGGGCUACUACUUCGGCUUCCGCAAGCAGCCAUAUGACAACCCUGUGCGCACCAACCAGAUUCCCCGGCAGAUCCCCGAACAGCGGUGGUACAUGAACCGGUUUGUAGGCAUCCUCAUGGCUGGAAUCCUGCCCUUCGGUGCCAUGUUCAUCGAGCUUUUCUUCAUCUUCAGUGCCAUCUGGGAGAAUCAGUUCUAUUACCUCUUUGGCUUCCUGUUCCUCGUCUUCAUCAUCCUGGUGGUGUCCUGUUCCCAAAUCAGCAUCGUCAUGGUGUACUUCCAGCUGUGUGCAGAGGAUUACCGCUGGUGGUGGAGGAAUUUCCUAGUCUCUGGGGGCUCUGCGUUCUACGUCCUGGUCUAUGCCAUCUUUUAUUUUGUUAACAAGCUGGACAUCGUCGAGUUCAUCCCCUCUCUCCUCUACUUUGGCUACACGGCUCUCAUGGUCCUGUCCUUCUGGCUGCUCACGGGCACCAUCGGCUUCUACGCAGCCUACAUGUUUGUCCGCAAAAUCUACGCUGCCGUGAAGAUAGACUGAUAGGGGUGGACCAUGGCCAGGCCCACUCUGUCCUUGGACAGGAAAGCCACCCUGCGUGGGGAACUGCAGGCACGCAAAAUAAAAUAACUCCUGCUCGUUUGGAAUGUAACUCCUGGCACGGUGUUCCUGGAUCCUGGGGCUGUAUGGUGGGUGGGAGGACCUGUAGAUAAAUCUUGAUUUUUCUUCAUCAUCUUGUUCCAGUUCUGUGUGGGAUGAGUUUUUUGUGGGUUGUUUUUUCUUCAGCGCUAAGAAAGUUCCUUCCAGCAGGAACUCUCCAACCUGUUUGUUCAGGUUUACUUUUGGUUCGAGGCUUUUUUUCCUUAAUUUUUUAACAAACGGAUCCAGGAUGGAUAAAUCCACUGAGAUACUGGGUUUUGGUCACUGUCUCCACCUCAGUUCCUCGGGGCUAUUGGCCACCCCCUGACUACCUGGAAGAGGAGAAGCUGGGCCUUAGGGGGCUUCAUUGACGCUUCCAAGCCUCUCUCUGCUCGUCUUCACCAUUGACGCCAUGACAAAGCACAGCUGCAGCCUGGACUUCGUCCUCAGUGCCAUGCAGCUCCACCAGCCCUGUUUCCUCCCCCAUCCCCUUCCCAGCCUCCUCCAGGGCUGCCUGAGGCCAGGCUUUCCGUCAGCCCUUUGGGGCAACUUGUCACCAGGAGCGAGCCCAAGGCUUGGUUGCUACAAGAAAAUGCCCUGGAUGUGGAUGUACUUGGGGCCAAGAGCCCUAGGACAGCAGGAAUCACCGCAGUUCAGAGCAGCAGGAGGUUGCUCGACCCAGCAAGGAGGAAGAGACUUGAAGUGAACUGGCCAUAGCAUUGUGCCAAGAAACCCUGGGCCUGGGGCUAAGUAUUUCCAGGGCCAAGCACCUACAUCUGUGUCUGGGAAGGGGUGGCUAAGGCUGCCAGGGUCCUCACCCCAUCAGGAUUGCUCCCCAGCCCUUUCUGCAGGAGGUUGCUGCUCUUUCCAAAGCGUGCUGGUGAUGGGUCCCCUUCUCCCCGACUCCCAGACAGAACAAGGGGGCUCUGUGAUCUCAGGUCCCCUCCUUUCAGUGGCUGGGCAGAGGCAUUCUCUCCCUGGGGUCCCAGGCCUCAGUGCCCACACACAGCUCUUUUAGCCAGACCCAUCCCCUCCACUCUGUCUGAGUUCUUGCCUCCUCCUCUUUGGGAUUUCCAGAGAACUGUGAGAAGGAAGAUGGAAGGUAAGUUCUAUAAUGCCUUCCCCAGAUCCUAGGAAUAGCCAAGGAACCCAGUCUCACGUUGGCAGGAGAGAGCUAACGUGGCUGCCCUAGCUCCUCUCCCACCCGCCCCCCCCCUUCCUGACCCCCUGCCUGCCCCUGUUCACGUCAAAAUCAUUUGGUCUUAAGUCGUAAGAGGCCAAACCCACUCUGGGAUUAGAGUUGAAGUAACAGCCGCUCACCCUGUGCCAGCCCCUUUGGGACUCCCACCACAGGACAGAGCUCAGGAUGCUGGUUAGGCUAGGACACCCUUCCCCCCAGACUCUCCCAGCAGCCCUCACCCUUGUGCCGGCCCCUUUGGGACCCCCACCACAGGACGGAGCUCAGGAUGCUGGUUAGGCUAGGACACCCUUCCCCCCAGACUCUCCCAGCAGCCCUCACCCUGUGCUGGCCCCUUUGGGACUCCCACCACAGGACAGAGCUCAGGAUGCUGGUUAGGCUAGGAACACCCUUCCCCCCAGACCCUCCCAGCAGCCCUCACCAGCUCUACCAGUCAAACCAGUGAACUUCUCAGUCUCUUGCCUCACGGCGACUCCGCAGUGCCAAGCGGCGUCCACCAAGAAUCAGGUUGGAGAAGAGGGAACCCAAGUAGUAGAGAAGGAUAUUGAAGUCUUACGUGCAUUCAAAUCUUGAUUUUUUUCCCCCCGAAGGAGAUUGUUUCUGGGGAGAGUGGGGAAAUGGACUCCUCAUAAGGGGUUCAGACAUCACCAAGUUUUCUGACUUUUUAAAUCAUCAUCAUUAUUAUUUUUAAUUAAAAAAAUGCCUGUAUGCCUUUUUGGUCCAGUUGUAAAUAAAUAUGUCGUCAUCCUGUUA